GUUUUGUUUGUAGUGUGAUCAACGUUUGCAUAAGUAGUAGAUGUGUUAGGGAAGUAGCACGUAACAUUUUAAUUAUAUUUUGCUAAAAUGAACGAAAUGACUCGAAAAAAGAUUCGUUCAUUUUGCUGAACGAGACUCAAAGGUCCGAGUCAGUAAAAUGAUCCGAACUUUCCAUCACUAUCUGUGAGCGCUCUCGAGGGCUAUGUGUUGAUUGGUUGAAAGAGUUCGUUACGUCAAGCGCUCCCGCGGAAGUACCGAGGAUUGGAAAAUAGAGGUUAUGCUGCAUAGAGCACAGCGGGUGAAGGAGACAUUUACCUGUAAAUACAGUAAGAGUACAGCCAUGAGCUGAGGCUCCCCAAACCCACCUUUCUAAAUGAUGAACGACAAACUGGUGUUCCUGGGUCUCCUUUACUUCAUCCAGGGCAUUCCAUAUGGCCUGCAGUCGUCUUUGCUCCCAGUGUACCUGCGCGGUGCCGGCCACUCCCUCACCCGCAUCAGCCUCACCAAAAUCCUCUAUUUCCCCUGGGUGCUCAAGGUACUCUGGGCCCCUCUGGUGGACCGGACUGGCACCAAGCGCUGCUGGUUAGUGGGCACAGUGGCUGGUCUGUCGCUCACCUGUUUGGUGAGCGCUGCCAUCUCACCUGAUAUCCAGUACAUGGGCGUAGCGGGCUCCCUGCUCGCUAUGAACGUGCUGGCAUCAGUGCAGGACAUUGCGGCGGACGGAGCGGCCGUGCGGCUGCUCAGGGGGCAGGGGGAGCUGGGGCUGGGAAACACCGUGCAGGUGGUGGGCUAUAAAGCUGGCUCUGUGUUUGCUGGAGGGGGGCUCCUGGCUGUGAUUGAUGUUGCAGGCUGGGGCUGGAUGUUCGUACUGCUGGCCUGUGUUUACGGUGGUGUUGCUCUGUUCGUGUGGGGCGCCCCGGUGUUGGAUGGAGAGUCGGCGCGGGGACAGGGAGAAGGACGGAGAGGGUCAAAGGAUGUGAUGCAACCCUGGAAGGUGUGGAGGAAGCUCUUGUCUGUGCCAGGAACGCCAUGGACGAUGUUCUACGUUCUCACUUACAAGCUAGGUGAACAGGGGGCUAUCACCAUGUUUCCUCUCUUCCUGCUGGACCACCACAUGACGGCCAGAGAGCUCGGGGUGUGGAACGGGGUGGUUGCCAUGGCUUUUUCCAUCUGUGGCUCAUCAGUCGGGGGUUUUUUGCUGUCUCAGUACAGUAUUGGCAUGCUAAUGAGACGUGUGUUUAUGAUGCGGACUGUCAGCAUGGUCUUCCAGAGCUCACUUCUAGUAGUGUUGGAGCCCUCGCCCUUGAUGAAAGGUAUGGCAGUGCUGAGUCUGAGUUUGCAGCAUUUCAUAGCGGGUCUCAUCACCACUCUGACGUUCACCACGAUGAUGAACUGCACACAGAGAGCUGAGGAGAGCAUACAGGCCACCCACUACAGUUUUCUGGCCACAAUGGAGGUCCUGGGGAAACUGAGUUUUAGUGCCCUGGCUGGAGGUAUGGUGGACACUGUGGGCUUUCCCAUAGCCUUCAUCCUCUUCCUCUUCCUCACCUCCAGCAGUGCCCUGCACGUGUGGAGAGCCACAGAGACUGGCGUCCUGAAGGAGCAGCUCAAAGAGCAGCCACAAUGACCAGAGUUAGCCUGUGUGAGAGGGUGUAUAUGUCUGGGUGAGAGAGAGGGAAAUUAAAUCUUAUGUUUUGCAUAAGAUACUGGUGGCCAAAUAGCCAGUGAAAUGAAUAUGUUGAUUUUAUUUGUAUUUAUUUAUAACUCAACCAGCAUUGAUGUGACAAGAGCCACACAGCACUCUCACUGAAAGCCAGUACCUCUCUGAAAAUCAUUGCACCUCUACAGCAAACUAGCUUUAAAGGUACUUGCUUUUCAACAAGUCAUCCUGAAUGGCAAGCGGACUGAACUAUGGCAACACUGUGCACAUGUCAUCUAGUCUGCCUGAUGGACAGCAGUCAAACAUUUAAACAACAAAAUGUAGUUGAUCUAUUACAUUUAGACAAUGAUUCAAAUUCAAUACAAUUUUACUGGUUAAUCUAUAUAAGGGUCUAGUCUAAUUUGGUUUAGAUAAUCACCCUAGUCAUUUACACAUUUUUAUUAUAUACAGCAUGCAUUCGCCUUAGAAAUGCCUUUAGCUUUUAAUCUGAUGCCCUCUGACACCUUAGAUACAAUUCCAUCAGCUUAUUGACCAAUCAGCAACACUUUGGGAGCAGUAAGAACAUUGAAUUAUGGUACUAUGCUUAGUGGAGUGCAUUUUUGUAUUCUCAAUGCAAUACUUAAAUUAAAGGGGUCAUAUCAUUGAAUAUUCAUAUUGUGUUAAUAUAAGUUAAGUGUAUGACAAAAAAGCACUGGACCUUUUACAGUAUUAUACAUAGACUCAUAUUUGGUUUUCAGCGACUUGACCCAAAAAUAUUGUUUAACUCCAAAAGAAUUAAUGAAAAGUGUGAAAUGAGUUAAAAACCUUGUGCUGUUCCUGGUUGAGGAGCACCUGAAAAUCCUUAGGAUUAUUAGGUAAUGUUAGGAAAAAGUGGCCCAGCAGCAAAUGUGAUAUCUAGAUGGUGUCUGAACAUCUUAAAGGCACAGCAGCAAAGAUCAAGGGCCGAAAAUGGUCAUGGCAAACUUAAUUAGGACCGUUUCGAUGCAGAAAACUUGACUAACAUUGCAAGUGGACCUCAGGGAAAAAAUCGUUUGAAAAAAGUAUGAUAUGACCUCUUUAAUGAUUUUAAAUACUGUACAUUGUAACAGUUAAACUCAUCAAGCUCAUUUUUUUGAGCCGAUACAUGUUUGUUUGAAAUGUUUGUUUUUGUAUGAGUUGUCUGCAUUUCCUAUGCAAUAACACAAAAUUAUUCAUGGUUAUUACAUAUAACUUUGCUUCUCGUACAUGAAAAAAAACUUCAAAUUGCCUUAUUAUUAUUAUUAUUAUUAUUAUUUUAAUGAUUUAUUGCAAAGCCAAAACAUGUGAAGCUAUUGUUGAGAGUACAGGCAUACAUGUGGGAUGUCAGUUUUGGAGGGAAAUUCAAUUUCAGUUGAAAAAAAAAAUAAAAUCAUCAAAUGAAACUGCAGCUAUACAUGUAUAUAGCACAGUUACAGUAUAUGUUUUCCAUUCCUGUUGGAAGCAGAAAAAUAUUUAAUACACUAUAAUAUAGUAAUAUUAUAGUCUAUCUAAUCUUCUACUUCUUUUUUGCAUUUGUUUUCUUGGAGAAAUAGAAACAGACAGUCCCAAUUAAAUGCUACAUUUUAAAAAUGGUUACAAACUCAUAACACUUUAUGAAAUAAGUGGAAAAGGUGAUGGUUAACCAAUUGAUGGUUAUUUUGUCAUUAAAUCGUCUGAUAAGCAAAGCCCUUAACAAACAAGAACCAUUUUUGUCAUUUUACCUUGGACUAAAGGAGACUCAAAAAUAAAAGCUAUUACUGAA